AUGGCUCCCAAGAAGAACACCGCCACCGAGGCAGGCGCUGCCCCUACCAGUCAUGUAUGCACUGAGUCCGAAAUUUCACUCAUGGUAGCCAUGCUCAAGUUCAUGCCUCGCCCGUCCACCUUCAACCUCGAGAAGAUUACCCAGGAGAUUGGGGCUGCCAGCCCUCACAGCACCCGCGAGCGCAUCCGCGUCGCUGGCAACAAGCAUGGCUGGUUCCAGGGCGCCACCGGUGCCUCUGACGGCACUCCCAAGAAAAGCCGUACGCCCAAGGCUCCCGGCUCUGGUGUUGGCCGCAAGAAGAAGGCUCCUUCCGAUGACGACGAAGCAGCUGAGCAGGAAACUCCUUCGAAGAAGAAGGCCCGCACCAGCAAAGCCAAGGCUGCGGCUGCUGAUGAGAUUGAGAAGGAUGACGUUCAGGAUGCUCAGGAUGAGGAUAACACCGCCGAUGGUCAGGUUUAA